AUGGCGGUCCAAGAGACCAUUGCUGCCCUCACCUGGCAGCAAACCGGAUGCUUGCUUGCAGGUAUCUGGCUCAUCUAUAUCGUCGCCCUUGUGGUUUGGAGACUAUGGUUCAGUCCUCUGGCCCAUAUCCCAGGCCCCAAGCUGGCGGCCUUGACUCAAUACUAUGAGUUCUAUUACGACUUUGUCCUAGGGGGACAAUACACCUACAAGAUCAUCGACAUGCAUGAACGUUACGGCCCCAUCGUUCGCAUCAACCCCUGGGAAGUUCAUGUUGGAGACCCUGAGUUCUUCUCAGACCUCUACUCUGGGCCUAGCCGACGCAGGGAUAAGUGGACGUUUUACACCCAACAGUCCGGAGCUCCUCGUACCCAGGUCCCUCACCCAACCGCUCUCGCGGGUCCCAAACCUGCGACUGAAGGCUCUCUUGCUGCCAUCGACCACAGCCUUCACAAGUUGCGUCGAAGUGCGCUGAACCCUUUCUAUACAACUCAGACUGUGCGCGAACUGCAGCCGGUGAUCGAGGAGAGAGUGGAAGCCCUUCUGAAUGCGUUCACGAACUACGCCGAAGUAUCCAACGGACAACCUCUUGAUGUCAUGUAUCCCUAUUCGGCUUUUACUAAUGACGUCAUCAACGAAUAUGCUUUUGCCCGAAGCGACCACCUCGUCGAAAAACCGGAUUUCGGUGCUGAGGUCACCAACGACCUUCUCAUCGGCACCCAUAUGGGACCAUGUGUGCAACAACUCGAUUGGGUGCUUACCCUUGUCAAUGCUCUACCUGAGUCUAUCUCGAACCGAUGCAUGCCAGGAUGGGGCGGUUUCCUCAAGAUGAAGAACGAUAUUCUUGAGCAAAUUCACAGCGUCGACCCCCCUCAGAGCACCGGUAAAUGGCGGAUGGAUGGGGGCCACCCUACCAUGCUGUCGACCAAGUCUCGCUCUAUAAGGGAGAAGAGUGUAUCACGCCAGACACAGGAAAGCCAAGUUACUGUUCAAGGUGGCGCUCUCACUACCUCGUGGGCUAUGUCUCUUGCUACCUUCCAUCUUCUCAAUCGCCCAGAGACUCUUCGCAAAUUGCGUGACGAACUCUUUUCUGCUAUGCCUGACGCCUACGAGACUAUCCCACUGUCUCGAUUGGAGAAGCUUCCCUACCUCCGGGGAGUUGUUAAAGAAGCCCUGCGACUCGGCAUUGGAACUAGCAGUCGUCUCGCACGUGUGGCACCGGACGAGGCUCUUGUUUAUCACGAUCGUGAGAACGAUGAGGCUUGGAAUCUUCCCCCGGGAUCCAUCGUUGGCAUGAGCCCUUACAAGACAGUCAUGGAUGAGAGUAUCUUUUACGACGCCCGAGGUUUUCAUCCUGAACGCUGGGUGGAAGAUGGUGAGCGACUCGACAAGUACCUCGACAUUUUCUGCUCCGGAUCCCGUAUCUGCCUUGGGAUGGCACUGGCUCACGCCGAGCUUUACCUGACGCUGGCCAAGCUCUUCCGCAGAUGGGGAAGCGGCGGUGUUGUGUUCGGCAGCGAUGACGGCGACCAACGCGUCGGAGAUGUCGGCUACCUCAGCAUCUUCGAGACACGAGUCCGAGACUGUGAGGUUGACGCCGACUACUUCAUGCCCAUCCCAUACAAGGGAUCGGAAGGUUUCCGCUUCGUCUUCGAAAGCUAUUAA